AUGGCGAUCUGGGGUUUGCUUCAUCUUGUUGCUGCUGCUGCCCUUGUUCUCUCCUGCCCUUUGGCACCCACAAGUGCAAACCUAGAAGGGGAUGCUCUGUACGCGUUGAGAAGAGCUGUGAAUGACCCAAAGAGUGUUCUGCAGAGCUGGGAUCCCACCUUGGUUGAUCCCUGCACUUGGUUUCAUGUCACUUGCGACGCUGACAAUCGGGUCACACGACUAGACCUUGGAAAUGCAAACUUAUCGGGCAGUCUAGUACCCGAGUUAGGGAAGCUCGAGCGCCUUCAGUAUCUGGAAUUGUACAUGAACAACUUGAUGGGUUGUAUACCAAAAGAGCUUGGAGGAUUGAAGAGCCUUGUGAGCUUGGAUCUCUACCACAAUAACUUCUCUGGGGCCAUCCCACCCUCCCUUUCCAACCUCUCCAAUCUUAAAUUCUUGAGACUGAAUGGUAACAGACUGACUGGAAGAAUUCCAAGGGAACUUACCAAACUUCAGAAUCUGAAGAUCCUUGAUGUAUCCAACAACGAUUUAUGUGGUACUUUCCCAACCUCGGGCCCUUUCUCCAAGUUCUCAGAGGAAAGUUUCAAGAAUAACCCAAGACUGGAAGGACCAGAACUGAUGGGAUUUGUGAGAUACGAUACCAGAGGGAGCUGCAAAUGA